GUUCUCGGAAGCACGUUCACUCGAUAGGACGACUGUCGUCUGGCGCACGACGAGCUUCAAGCAAUAUGGCGAAGUGUGUCAUGGGCUCGGUGAGACGUAGUGCCGUUUGAAAGAAUGAAACGUUCGCGGUAUGGGUUGAGAAUAAUGUAGCGCUAUGAAGAUCGUGUGAAUAUCGUAUUUGUGUACAACAAAAGCAUCGAGUAGUUCCUUGUGAUCGGGAUAUACAGUGCGCGUUACCGGUGUGAAAUCAUGGCUACGGAUAAAAUAAAGGUUGCCGUUCGGGUUCGGCCGUUCAAUCGCAGAGAGCUGGAACUCGGUACACAAUGCGUCGUCGAGAUGUCCGGACAGCAAACCAUCUUGCAGCAUCCCACCACGAUGGACAAGAUCGAACGGAGCAAGCCGAAAACCUUCGCGUUCGAUCAUUGUUUCUAUUCCCUGGACCCGGCCGUGGAAAACUUCGCGAAUCAAGAUGUGGUGUUCGACGCCCUGGGUCGCGACAUUUUGGACAAUGCGUUCCAAGGUUACAACGCCUGCAUUUUCGCCUACGGUCAAACCGGGUCCGGGAAAUCGUACACGAUGAUGGGAAGCGGCGAGAACAAAGGUAUCAUACCACGGCUGUGCGACAACCUCUUCGACAUGAUCGCGAAGCAACAGAGCUCGGAGCUUACUUACAAAGUCGAGGUUUCCUAUAUGGAGAUCUACAACGAGAAGGUGCACGAUCUGCUCGAUCCAAAGCCGAACAAACAGUCGCUGAAAGUCAGGGAACACAAUGUCCUGGGCCCGUACGUGGAUGGACUUAGUCAGCUCGCCGUCACUUCCUUUCAGGACAUCGACAAUCUGAUGGCGGAGGGGAACAAGUCGAGGACGGUAGCUGCAACGAACAUGAAUUCCGAGAGUUCACGGUCGCACGCUGUAUUCUCCGUGAUCCUGACGCAAACGUUGACGGACUCGAAGAGCGGCGUCAGCGGUGAAAAGGUCUCGCGGAUGAGCCUGGUGGACUUGGCAGGGAGCGAAAGGGCUGUGAAAACUGGAGCAGUGGGCGAUAGGCUUAAAGAAGGAAGCAAUAUAAACAAAUCCCUAACGACGUUGGGUCUAGUCAUUUCGAAGCUGGCGGAUCAAAAUUCCGGAAGUAAUAAGAAUAAGGACAAGUUCGUGCCGUACAGGGACUCGGUUCUGACGUGGCUGUUGAAGGAUAACCUUGGCGGGAACAGUAAGACCGUAAUGGUAGCCACUAUAUCUCCUGCCGCGGAUAAUUACGAGGAAACGCUUUCAACCCUGCGAUACGCGGACAGAGCCAAGAGAAUCGUUAAUCACGCGGUGGUCAACGAGGAUCCAAAUGCAAGAAUCAUUCGGGAAUUAAGGCAGGAAGUGGAGGCGUUGAAAGAGAUGCUAUUACAUGCAACUGGACAAGGGUCGAUAGUGGGCCAGCAACGCACAGACAUAACGGAGAAGCUGUCGGAAUCGGAACGAUUAAUGAAGGAAAUGUCGCAAACGUGGGAGGAAAAACUGGUGAAAACCGAGAGGCUGCAACACGAAAGGCAGCAGGCCUUAGAAAAAAUGGGAAUCAGUGUUCAAGCCUCUGGUAUCCAAGUGGAAAAGAACAAGUAUUAUCUCGUAAAUCUAAACGACGACCCUAGCUUGAACGAGUUGCUAGUUUAUUAUCUGAAGGAAAGGACUCUGGUUGGAGGACGUUCGGCAAAGACAGACCAAGACAUUCAGCUGCACGGGCUUGGUAUUCUGCCUGAACACUGUGUCAUCACGAUAGAGGAAACUGGCCUCUAUAUGACACCAUUAAACGGUGCUAGGUGUUUCGUGAACGGCACUCAGGUAGUAGAGAAAACACCGUUGUUACACGGUGACAGGAUCGUCUGGGGAAAUCAUCAUUUCUUCCGGGUGAAUUGUCCCAGAAGUGCAACAGCGAUCAACAGUGAGCCUCAGACGCCGGCACAGAAUAUUGAUUACACUUUUGCACGAGAAGAACUGAUGCUUAACGAGUUGUCGAACGACCCUAUUCAAAGAGCUAUCGCUAGACUCGAGAAGCAGCACGAAGAAGAUAAACAGGUCGCGUUAGAGAAACAGAGGCAAGAGUACGAAAGGCAGUUUCAGCAACUUCGCAACAUUUUGUCUCCAUCGACACCAUAUUCCCCUUACGUACCAUACGAUCCCCUGCGGGGCAGUCAAAGCAGUAAACUUCCUGCUUGCACGCCAACUACGCAAAUGCGAGUAGAGAAGUGGGCCCAGGAAAGAGACGAGAUGUUCAAAAGGAGUUUAGGCCAAUUGAAAGCGGACAUCUUAAAGGCGAACGCAUUGGUGCAGGAGGCAAACUUCUUGGCGGAAGAGAUGGGGAAGCAAACGAAAUUUAGCGUCACUUUACAGAUUCCGCCAAACAAUUUAAGUCCAAAUAGAAAGAGUGUAUUUUUUCAGCGGGGCGCCUUCGUCAGCGAGCCUGCGAUUCUAGUGAAAAGGACAAACAUGGGCAGCCAGGUGUGGUCCAUGGAAAAAUUAGAAAACAAAUUAGUCGAUAUGCGGGAUAUGUACGAGGACAGAAAGGAUCCCAACAAUUGUCAACGAUUACCUGCCAUUAAGGAUGAAGUGCCCGGGAAGACUCAAGACCCGUUCUACGAGUCCCAGGAGAAUCACAAUCUCAUUGGAGUAGCGAAUAUUUUCUUAGAGGUUCUGUUUCACGACGUUCGGUUAGAUUAUCACACGCCAAUUAUCAGCCAACAAGGAGAAGUCGCUGGACGACUGCAGGUCGAAAUUAGUCGCAUAUCUGGUCACUUUCCUCAGGACCGUAUCUGCGAGGCAGCGUCAGAAUCGUCGAAUGACUCGACCUCGUCAGAACCUGAGGAUUAUUCCGGAUCGAGCUUCAUCACUUGUCGCGUGACCAUCAAACAAGCAACUGGUUUGCCUCUGUCACUGAGCCAUUUUGUAUUUUGUCAAUAUAUGUUCUGCGGACAUCCAGACCCCAUAGUGGUCCCAGCCAUCGACAAUUCCGAACAAUUAACUUCGAAUUGCCAGAUAGGGCAGAGAGACUCUCUGGUGUUCAAGUUUAAUCACACGAAAGAUUUUACCGUGCCCAUAACGGAGGAGUUUAUCGAACACUGUAGCGAAGGGGCCUUAAGCAUAGAAGUUUGGGGACACCGAAGUGCCGGAUUUUCGCGAAGUAAACCAGGUUGGGAAGUGGAGCAGCAGCUUGCUAAAGCUAGAUCUCUGGCUGAUCGAUGGUCAGAGUUAACGCGGAAGAUCGAAUUGUGGGUCGAAAUUCAGGAACUAAAUGAGCAAGGGGAAUAUUCACCGGUGGAUGUGGUUGUGAAACAAGAUACAUGGACAGGAGGUAUUUAUCAGUUACGUCAAGGACAGCAACGACGAAUACAAGUUCGUGUGAAACCAGUACAAAAUUCAGGAACAUUGCCCAUAAUUUGUCAGUCGAUAUUAAAUAUAGCAGUUGGUAGCGUGUCUGUAAGGAAUCGUCUUCAGAUUCCAUUGGAUAGUUAUCAGGACGAAGACUUAAGUAUACUAAGGGAAAAGUGGAGCGAAGCUUUAAUGAGAAGGAGACAAUACUUGGAUCAACAGAUACAGAAACUCAUUAACAAACAAGAUAAAACUGAACAAGAUAUUGAACGAGAACAAAGCCUCGUGGAUCAGUGGGUCAGUCUCACAGAAGAAAGAAACGCAGUGUUAGUCCCUGCAGCAGGCUCAGGUAUUCCUGGUGCACCUGCUGACUGGAACCCCCCUCCAGGAAUGGAACCACAUAUACCUGUUCUCUUCCUUGAUCUCAAUGCCGAUGAUCUUUCAACACAUCAGUCGGGAGAAGAAGUCUCCGUAACCGGAUUAAAUUCCAUCUUACCAAAGGAACAUGGCAAUAAAUUCUACAAUUUACCCAUAAUUCGUCGCAUAGAGAAAGAUGUGUGCGCUAUCGCUGCUUGGGAUUCCAGUAUACACGACAAUAUACAUCUGAACAAAGUCACAGAUGCAAACGAGCGGGUUUUUUUAAUUUUGAAAACAACGGUGCGCCUCUCACACCCGGCGCCAAUGGACCUUGUGCUGCGUAAACGAUUAGCCUUGAACAUCUACAAACGGCAAAGUAUCACAGACAGAAUCUUCAAGAGAAUCGUUCGUACCGACUGCUUAACUCAAACUGGAGUCACUUACGAAGUCGUGUCUAAUAUACCAAAGGCUAGUGAAGAAUUGGAAGAUCGCGAGAGUUUGGCACAAAUAGCUGCAAGUGGCGAAGACAACAGCUUAUGUGAUGGCGAGACUUACAUCGAAAAAUAUACACGCGGUGUUUCUGCGGUGGAAAGUAUCUUAACUUUAGACCGAUUACGACAAAGCGUCGCGGUAAAAGAAUUACUGCAAGCACAGGGUCAACCACUUAUGCGCAAGACAGCAAGCGUACCCAACUUCUCGCAGGUACUACUGCCUCUCCGCCGUCUCGGACGCACUAUCAUGAGAUCCGAUACCUCGAUGGACUCUUUGAACGUUACGCGUUCUGAAAGCGUGACUGAUCUCAACACAGAGUUGAACGGGCUGCUUCAUUCGCGUCGUGCAUCCACGGGUCACACCAGAAACGACGAGAACUUCGUUUCUGCGCCGGCUAAACCAUUCGGAAUCGCACGCCAACAAAGAGCGAGACCAACCUUCCUGAAUUUGAACCUGAAUCUCAACUCAUUGACACGUCUGCAACAAUCCACCUCUGCCAAGUCAUCUCCGAAUAUGGUCGGUGGCAAAUUGGGUCUACGAAUGACCACUCUGCACGAGGAAACAUCGAACACUGGCAACCAGUUGUCGACGCCCGUACACGACGAGGACGAAGAGAAGAGCGACGCUGAUUACUCGGAAUACGACUCGUACCAGGCACCGGCGAAACCAGUAAAACCGCUAACUUCUUCACGCACACUGGAUUCUCUUGUCGAACUUCAAUCGACGAAGAUCAACACGCCAAGCAUGAGCAGCAGCGGCUACGGUUCACAAGCGGUGUCUACGACCAAUCUCACGUCCGAGGACUCCAUCUCCGUUAAAUCUAUCAGCGUGGACGAGACACCAGACCUGGAAUACAGAAAUCUGUUGGAUUAUAAGAAACCAGAGAGAAUGGACAGCUCACUGGUGGAGGAAACGCCGGAGGAAUAUAUGGGUGAAGUGACUAACGCGUUGGGCAACUUAAACGUGAUGGAGAACACUUGCGGCGAGGAACAUACUAGAAAGAACUUAGACGAGACAGGUGCCUACAUGGACGCAGACAUCGACAGUCCGGUUUCUUCGACGAAAAGCGAUGGCGAUGCAAAUACCAAUGUGUCGCGUACAAGUUCUACUCAUCGUCAGAAGAAGGAUAUACCAAGUCAGGGUUUGAGCAACAGAAGGAAAAGCGACAUGGAGAUUAGUCAGGCAUCGAAUUCUGGAGAAGACAGCCCUCUGGAGGGUAGCUCGGUUGUACACACGAAGCUACCACCAGGAAAGGUCGUACGUCGAAGGAAAGCUUCUACUAGUACAGGAAGGCCUACGAGUUCUCAGCACAGGGCUUCAUUCCCCAUGGUCCGUCCACAAGUUUCAGAGAGCAAAGCAGCAGCACGACUCGAACAAUCAAUGCAACCUAACAUUCCCUAUGAGAACGGUGACAACAGCUCCUCUGAACGAAUCGAUGACGACGUGAGCGACAAGAGUUCAGCUUUUGGAUCGAGACACGACUUAAGUAGAGUCGAAACUCCGCUCCCGGAUUGGGUUAUAGUUGGUGAAUCGGUGCUGGUUCGCCCAUACAGCUAUUCUGGUGUCAUAGCGUACGUUGGCCCAACAGAGUUUGCAUCCGGGACGUGGAUAGGAGUUGAACUCGAUGCCCCGACAGGUAAAAACGAUGGUGCUGUGAAUGGCCAUAGGUACUUCACGUGUCGACCGAAAUGCGGUAUCUUCGUUAAAGUGGACAAACUAAUUCAGGACAAACGUGGCCGAGCACUUAGAAACUAUGUCUCUGUCCCUCAACCUGCACCGAUGCGCCGAAGCGUCAGCAGAGGUGAGGGUUUACAUUCCUUGCACCGAAGUCGAAGCCGAGGGGAGGGCCUUUCAACGACAGGCACGCGAUCUUCUCCACGGGGCAAGUAAACGGAUCACAACGCCGCUUCACCAGUAACUUCGUUCUACUAAUAAGCCACUAAAUAUCCUAAUUGCUACAUGCCUAUGAUAUGUGUAGCAGCAGUGUUUCAGUCCCUUAGACAUUAGGGCAGUUAUGGAUUAAUUAAUACUUAUAAAUAUUACUUGAAAUAUUAGGUCAUUGUAAUGUGUAUCACACAAAGCAUGGGACGUUCUGUCAAAGAAACUUUUUUUCUGGUGUUUUUUUUUUCUCGAACAGAACAUGCUGUUCUGAAAGCAUAGUAUCUACAACUACUUCGCAUCUUCAGUAGCAUAGCGAGAGCGAGAGAGAGAGAGCGAGUAUAGCGCGAAAGGGAGAGAGAGAAAGAGUGAGAGAGAAUGAGUAUUAAACAAAAAGCGCAAGAAACAUCGAUACGAAGAAAAGUUUCGUCUUUGCGUAUCGAAAGUCAGCGAACGAUGUUCAAUCGAAUAUAUAUAUAGUAUAUAUAUAUAUAUAAUUUGUAAGCAUUCCACAAAAAACUUUUAAUUUUAACGACUGGGAUGAUGAGCCAUUUACUUUUUACAUAAGACGAAGCAUCAUUUAGUUCGCGUAUUAAUUGUACAUUUUUUAACACUAAUUGAAGAAAUAGGGAAAAACAGAGUCAGUUAUUUUGAUCGUAAUCUUCUACCAUUGGUGGUAAAUCAAGGCUCGUUUUAAACAAUAAUAUUCCAUAAUUUCUAAGCACCGAUUGCAUUUAAAAGAAAAGAAAAAGAAACAGAAUAAAUAUCGACACGAAUAUUAAAUAUAUUACAAUAUGUACAAUAAUCAUAUGAAUUAAAAUAAAAAAAAAGAAAUAACAAUCUGGCAAUUUUAUGGAAAUUGCCAGUGAAUAUAUAUAUAAAUAGACAGAAUAUGAAAGACACUCUCCAAAAUUGCCGGGCCGGUAAUUUGAAACAAUGGAGAUGUAGCCAACAGAGGAAUAAAUCACACGGGACGGCCAAAAACUAAAAUAAAUGUGAAGAUGAUGAUUCUUUUCAUGAGACACGAAUUUAUCGCGUUGCGUAGAUUAUUUAAAGAUUUUAUAUGUAUACAAUUGUUUCAUAUAUAUUGUAUUUUUUUAGCGCAAUCUGUUAAGUUCCUUUUUAUUGUAACAUACAAUUAUUGUCCUCUGUCCAGCAUUACGUUGUUAACGCGAACAUGACACGCAAUUAAUUUAUACGGCGCAAAAGUGUAUGGAAGAAACUGUGCGUGUUGCAUGACGAUAUAAAUUGAAGAUAAAAAAAGAAAUUCACAUUGGCUAUCGUCUCUGUCGUAAGUGAUUGUCAGUGUUGGUCAUCGAUCGAUUAAAAUCUUAACAAAUUAGACACAAGUUAUUCUUGCGUAACAGCAACUAGUUUGUUGAUAAAACAAGCGAAAUUUUACAAAUUACGAGUUAUCUGUUUCUGUGUAUUAUAAAAUCAUAAAAAACAAUAUCGUACACUAAUAUUAUUAAUUGCUAAAAUAUCGUGCAAGAAGAUCCACAGAGCAAGGAUAAUAAAAAAGUCAACGUUUCUUACAAAUGUUCAUAACAAAAGACGAUUGAGAAUGCAAUAUUACAUUAUAGUGUUCCAAGAUUAAAUAGCAAUUUUAAUCGUUAAUUGUGAUUACACUUAGUUGAAUGAAAUUUUCAUCGUCAAUGACAAUUAAUUGUAAUCAUUGAUUAUCAAUUACGUAGUAAUUGUUGCCCGAUGCUGGCAUUGAUUCACAACAAUCGAUUCGCUGGCUAAUGUGAAUCGUCUCUGAGUGCAACACGAUCACAUAGGGUCGCAAUACUAGAUUCGUAAGUUUUAGAUAGUAGAGAUCGAAUUAAAGAAAAUGAAAAAACACACGAGCUUGCUUGAUCGUAUCUUGAAUUAGCGUCACGUCAAACUGCGUUGAUUCGACGUUAUUUCUUUCUUUCUCUGUUCUUUAUCGUGGCGAAUUGUCCACGAUUCGUUGCACUUGACUCUUCUUGAUUCUUGGCUGAAUUUUCACCGCGAAACGACUCUAAUAUACAUAUAUGUAUAUAUAUUUGAUACAUUUCAAACGUGAUUUUUGCUCAGUACGACGAUGACGAUACUGAUUUCUCGUUCGACAAUGAAUUAAUUAAAAAAAAAAAAGAAGCGAAGAAGAAGAAGAAGAAGAAGGAGAUAAGUAAAGCACUGUGAAAAGAUAUAACGGCGAUAGAUGAUCAAAGGUGUCGCGUAUAAGAGAAAAAUCAAACGACGGUAUCGCAUAUUUUUUUUAAUUUAUCGAAUAGAUCGUGUGGAGUACAAGAACGAUGCGAAAAUAGAAAGAAAGGAGGGGGGAAAAAGGUUAAACGUGUAACGAAGAAAUGAACGUCGAAUGAAAGAAGCUAAUUAAUCAUCAUAAAGAUUAAGAUAUAAUCGUAAAGAAACGAAAGAAAAGAAAGAAAAAAGGAAGAAAGAAAAUUCGCCCAAAUUGUGAACAUCAACCAAAAAAAAAAAAAAAAAAAAAAAGAAAAAAAUAACCAUAACAAGAACAACAACUUCUGUCCAAUUAGAACAAUACUAAACGCUAUCAAUAAUGAACAUAUAUUACUGUAUGUAAUACUUAUUGAAUAUAAAUAAUAAACUCUCGCCUGCGACGCGACGUUUCCUUGGUCAUACGGAUAUUAAAAGACGAGAGACUUGCGGUUGUUGCUUUCGUGUGCACGCGUGUUAUCAUAAACGAAUAGAAUAAACGAAGUAAAGAUGGUAAAGAUAAAAAUACGAACGCGUAUUUUACACGAAAGGGAAACGCCGCGGGCGAAGGUAUCUCUGUCCAUUUUUUGGUAAUUCAAGAAUAUUAAUGAUGAAAGAAAAUUAAGACUCACAAAUGUCACAGUGAUGCUACAUGCCUACCUGGCAUAUAGGAUUAAUAGAGUCUCCUUUAAGUUUCAGACAACGCGUUACACUUUUCUGUUCUUUUUUUCUUUUUUCUUAGGUUCUUUUUCUCCGCUAUCGUUACGAUGAGAAAUUAUAUAUAUACAUAGAAUUGAAACAUAGUAAAAUUUAAUUUCUAAUAAUUGUAAAAUGUUCGAUCGUCUGCUUAUAAAUAUUUUCUAAUAAUUAACUAAUUUUAUUGUAAUAGCUAAAAAUUGUACAUAUAUGAUUACUUUCGUUUUCUGUGUUCUCUUUUCUUUUUUAUUAAUUUUGUCUGUUUAUUUCCAAUUAUAUCUCGCAGUGGAGCAUCUAGCAUCGACGGAGCUUACACAGCCUAUUCCAUCCCACGAUAAGACAAUGUCCAUUUUUAUCGUUAUUAAUUAUCUAAUAUGAUAAUCGUUCAACAACUAUACUUUGUACCCUAACGGAUCCUAGAAUAAUAUUUUCGACCAAUCGGUUUUACGAAUGUCUCUGGAAGACUUCCGAGUUUAACAUUAUCCCUUUCAUCUGAAAGCAAAGCUGCUGCAGCCACAGACAAACACACACAACACACGGUCUAAGUUCCAAACGAAAAUCAGUGAGAAAGAAACGAAUAAAAUGAUGAAAGAAAGAGACGAAGACGCGAACAAGUGAAAUAAAUAAACAACGUUGAAACAAAGGGUCGCACGGGUCCAUUUUUUUCAGAGUAUUAAAGAAAAGAAAAAAAAAAGUAACAAGACGUAAAAUAAAACGCCCUGUAAUCUAAUCGAUUCUCCUAACUAUAAAAAGGCUGUGAGACUAAUCUUUUGCUGUUUUACGCUGCUCCCUCGUUUUUCUACCCUCGCACUGCUGCCGAUUGCAUACGCGCGACUUGUGCACGGUACCAUUUUACGCGUCCAUCAGGCUAGCCAUUUUGGCUGGACUUCUCAGAAAGCUGGCAUAAGCUCCAACUAAAGAAAACAAAUCUUCUUCGUUAUUUGUGGAAAGUUUCGCGAGACAAUGGUGAACGUGUCAUGCCGAAGAAUUUUAAAAGCGUAAACCAUUUUUGGGAAGUGUGAGUCGAGGAGGUAUUUGAGUACUUUUAAUUAAUAAGUUAAAUCUCUACUCUAAAUUAUACGUCUGUUUCGUACUUCAAAUUGUGGAAUAGACUUGAGAAUAUUUUUAUUUAUGAAUAAUAUGAUCAUGAAGACUAUGUUGAUAAAAAUUGAAGGUAAUUUGAAGUAUGUGACGAAAUUGGAAUGUUUAACUUGCAGUAACUUGCUUACAUAUUUCUAUAUCUUUUACAUUCUCUUUUAUUUGUUUAUCAUCGUAAUAUGGUAUUUUAUUAUCGCGUCAUUAAUUUGAAGAUGUUCGUGUUACGAUAUAAUCAUCAGAGCAUUGUUAUACUUGUUGAUAAACGAUAAUCAAUCUGUGAUUGAUGAGUAUUAACGAGUAAUAAGUUAGAGAAAAAAUUAAUGUUUACAAAUUCUAAUAAUAAUUUGAUUAACUCAACUCUGGUGCUUUGGUUUGUUAAAUACUUUGAUUACAAGUACUCCAAUACACGAUUGAUGAUUGGCUUAAAGUAAAAUUAUUCGCGUUUCCAAAUUUCAGAGAACUGACGAACAUCUGUCUACUAAAUAGUCGAAAUGCUAAAGGAUAGCAGUAAAAAAGAAAUUGGAAACUUUUGACUUCUUUUCUCCCAAGAAAGUUAGCAAGAAUUUAACAGCACGUCUACCAGAAACUUAUUUAAAAUAUCUUUACGGUGUAUUAAAUAUUGUGUAGUAACGUACAAAGUAUUUAUCAACUAUAUUGCUUUCAUUGGGAGAACAUAAAACAUGCCUUUUUUUCAUCAGGCAACAGUUUAUCAAUUAAAAUUCAUUUAAUUCUUAAUGGUCCAUGUGCUAAAUUAUCGAAAUCAAGGAUGAAAAAUAAGUAAAAUAAAUAAUUUGAUACAGCGAAGGAACAUACGAAAUUUGUAUUCAUGGGUGAUAACCACCAAAAUAGCGUUUCUAAAAUUGAAAAAGAGAUAUGCCGAAAUAUUACAAUAAAAGAUUGCCACUCUAUUAUACAUUAAUAUAAUCCAAGUAAAAAGUAUUUUAUAUUUAAUCGAUAAAAAUAUAAUAAAACAAUGCAAGAUGAUCUCUAAACUAAUAUAAGGAAAUCAAUUAUACUGCUACAUAAUAUUUAAUUGCACUUAAUCGCCCAGAAACUUUCCUACAGAAUCCUAAUUGCUAUACCCGCGGAGCCUGCAUUUUCCAGUGUCGUCAAUUAAACGCGAAGUGCGAGCAUGUUAAUAUUGAAUUCGGAACUCUUCUAAAAACGCUUGACGGUGAGAGACUGUUCGAACGAUCAUCGCUAAAUACAUUAAACGAAACAAAAGAAAAAAAAAAUAAUAAGAA